GGAGACUUACUUGUUGAUUCAAAUAUACAAGGAAGAGUCAAUCAUAGUAAUAUUGUAGUUCAAAGAAUUGGCCACAAGUUAAUGGAAAAAGCCCCAAAAACAAUUAAAGAGUUUGUUUCUAAAAUGGUUGAAAAGGUUGCACGAGUAAAUGAAAAACAAGUUGAAAAUCUUAUAGAAAAAGCAAAAAAUACAAUAGAUAAUGUGGAUAAGGUAAAGUUUGGAUUUAAAGAGUCAUCGAAUUAUUCUGUUAACCGAAAUCGAAAAAUCCGAACCAAAAAAGUCUAUCGGUUCGGCUCUGUUUGA